ACAGAGAGGCAAUAGAAGAGACACAAGGACAGGAACAGGGGAAGAGAGGAUGAAGAUGAAGACGAGACACAGUAAAACGACUAAGACACAGAGGGGCGAGGUAGAGGGCGAGAGAGAGAGGGCAGAGAGAGAGAGGACAGAGAGAUACAAACAUGGAGAUAAGACACACGGAGGGGUGAGAGACAAACAUGGGUGACAAAACAGACUCAACACAGAGAGGAGACAUGGAAUGAAACACGGGAACAGAAAAGGGAGCCAAUGAGCCACCACCCUGACACCAUCAGUACACAGAGAGACAUCUUCCAAUCAACUGUACCACUAUCAUCAGGCACCCCAUCACAGAUGACUCAGGAGAGUUCUUCCUUUGAGGACAAUGCUGCUGUCAAAAGGAGUAUCUGCUAUAUAUUUAAAGAGAAAAAAAUUCCUGGAUCUCUUCCAGAAAAUAACAUCUCACAGAAAAUGGAUCAUCAGAAACGGCUCUUUCCAUUUGAAACUCUGUGCCAGGUGUGCCCAGAGCACCCUAAACUUGAUGAGGCUGUUGUAAUUACCAAUAAAGCGAGGAUUGUCAGCAUGAUGGGAGUGAUUGAGAAUGUUUCAACACACCAUAGAUUGUGUCCUCAGUGCCACAUGGUGUACAGAUACCAGGAGUGGACGGAUGGGCUUCAUAACUUUGACAACCACAUUGUUUUGUCUCUUGAACUCUGCUUUUUUCUGAGAGAAAAUCUGCAGAACCAUGUAUCCGCUUCAAGGGUCAUUGACUCAUUGGAGGGCUUAAGAAGGGUGAAGUUUCCUUCUAGGGAUACCAUUUUUCAUGCUUAUUGCCAUUUUGAGGCUUUGACUGACACAGACUACAUGUACUCCUGCAUAAACUGUGGGUUUCACCCCCCUGUGGUAGUUAUGGACUUAAACAGAAAAGGGGUGUUCAACUUAGCAGUGAGUGACCUCAAAGCCCCUCCAGAAGACUUCAAUGGUGAACAUGACAUUGAAGGUUUUUGGAACUCUAUUCACCUGGUAAUGAUGAGCCGUGGGUUUUUUCCAAGUGAGUUAUGGCAAAAACUUAUUUACAGUCAUUCAGUGUUUUAAAGUAAUUUAGAUUGUAAAUAAAAGCAUGCCAUCUUCUGUAGGCGGCGUGAAGAAUCCAUUUUUAGUUCCACCAAGUUACACGGACGGGGCACCAUGGAUCGGGAGUGAAACUUGAAGAGGUGACAUUGUGCUUAACACAGAGUUUCAAAAAGUAAGAACAAGCUCUUCACAUGAAGGAAAGCUUAGCAGUGUCACAGAAGACCGUCUGUUGGAUGAACUCGCCAAACAAAAUGGUAAACGGCCUAUAUUUGUAUAGCGCUUUAC